GAAUUUGCAGAGAAUUGUAGGUCGAGAAUUGCAAAUACGUACACGCUGUAUAUACGUGGAGGCUGAUAUAUUUAUCGAACGGUAUCUGAGGAACGGUGACCGUUUCAGUUUGUUCCGUUGGCUGCACAUCGAGACGCGAUCCCUCCGUUCAGUAAGCAUCCAGCAUCUCUCCGCGUACCAUGUGCUGCUUCCUCUUGCUCGUUUAUCUCUUCUUAUCGGUCACCGCUCGAGACGUCAGCGCGGAGGAAGUGGACUGCCAAGUUUAUAAUCAUCUCUACGUCUGCCUGGGGAACAGCGUGCUGCACAGCGUCGCGUUCGAGGAUGUGAACGCGGUGCAAACGAUCGAGGAUAUCGAGCUGCACCUCGAGGGCCUCGGGAUCCAGGAUAUCGCCAAGGACGCUUUCCUCGAGGUGGCCAACUCGUCCGCCCUCUACAUCCGCGACAAUCGAUUGUCCAAGAUUUUCAAACACUACUUCGCCGAUUUGGACCAACUGACGUAUCUCGAUUUGAAGAACAACAGCAUAGAGGACAUAGAGGAUGACUCGUUCGCCGAGUUGGACAGUUUGGAGACGUUGGUUCUGGAUUACAAUCGGAUGAUCGCCUUCCGCCCCGGCAUGUGGAAGGGUUUGGUCGAUCUCCACGAGUUGUACGCGACGAAUAAUAGGAUCGCGUUGAGGAGGAACAUGUUCAAAGGUCUGAGACACUUGGAGACGUUGGCCUUGGAUUGUAACGAGAUCAACGAGAUACCGAUCGGGGCGUUCAACGGGCUGCCCCAUAUCGAUCUUCUUUAUCUGUCGAGGAAUAAAAUCUCGUCGUUGCAGUUCGAGGUGUUUCGCGGAUUAAGCGAGAUCAACGAAUUGGAUCUCGGGCGAAAUUCGUUGAGAAGCGUGUCCGGUGGGAUUUUUCGUUAUCUCAGGAAUCUGAAUUCUUUGUGGCUGAACGGGAAUCAGAUCGUCAUGAUUAAGGCGGACACUUUCGAGGGGCUGGACAAUCUGUUGCUCCUGUUCUUGAACAGCAACAACCUCCGUUUCGUGGACAUGUCCGCUUUCGCCAGGAUGAAGAAUGUUACCGUCGAUCCCGGCUUCAAGAUAGCCGGGAGGACGAUGGACAAUGUUUCAAACGUGCAAGGACGAUUUCGUUGUAACAACGUCGCGUAUCAGUUGCCUUACGAGUGCACGGAGAUUGGACCUCUGCUUCAUUGAUGCAUAAAUUACCUGGAGAGUGUUCAAGGGAUAUCGUCAGGACGAGACUCCCCUGCCCCAUCCUUGUUACAGAAGCACGGCGAUGGAUUAUGGAUGGUACGCGCCGACGAUUCACACCGUGCCAACCUCUUAUUAUCCACGAGAUAAUUCUUUCA